AUGGAGAAGGAGAAGUCGUUCAGCAAUGUGAGCAGCUUGGACCCCAGCGACGGGCAGGUUGACCCGAACCCCACAUUUCCUGAAGGCGGCAGGAGGGCAUGGAUGGUCGUCUUAGGAGUGUGGAUAGCCCAGUUUUGUACGUUUGGUUACACUAACGCUUAUGGAGUGUACAACGAUUUCUACGUUCGGGAAUAUCUGGCAAAAAAUUACACAUCCUCCCAAAUUAGCUGGAUAGGCAGCGUGCAGCUGUUUUUGGUCAUGUCAGUUGGAUUAUUUGUUGGGAGAGCUUUCGACACUGGAUACUUCUAUCAUCUGAUGAUCGGGGGUUCCUUUCUUUUGGUUUUCUGCCUGUUCAUGCUUUCGAUAACUGAAGCAGAACAAUAUUAUCAGGUCUUUCUGACGCAAGGUCUCGGCAUAGGCAUCGCAGUUGGUGCGACAUAUAUUCCUGGGUUAGGUGUUAUUUCCCAUUAUUUUCGAAAACGGAGGGCUCUCGCCAUCGGAAUCGCUACCUCGGGAUCUGCAGUCGGCGGUGCCAUUCACCCGAUUAUGCUCAAUGCUUGGUUCCACGGAUCGCUAGGGUUUCAUUCCGGCGUCCGGGCAAGUGCUGGAUUGAAUGCCGUGCUCUUAAUAAUUGCGAUCUGCCUCAUGAAGCCCCGACUUCCCCCCACCCCUAAAAAGGAAAGCAGUACAUACAAAGACUUGCGCGUCUUCUUGAGAGAUAUCCCCUAUACCAUCACGAUCAUUGGGACAACAUCUACCCUUGCUGGUCUCUACUUCCCUUUUUUUUUCAUACAACUGAAUGCGAUCAAAAGCGGUGUCAAACCUGGUUUGGCGUUCUACACUGUAAGCUACAUCGUGAUAAUGAAUGCGGGUAGCGCCGCAGGACGCAUUGUCCCAAACCUAUUCGUAUAUCGUUUCGGUGUCUACAACGUGAUCAUACCCUGCGUAUUUAUUGCCGCGAUUUUGGUCAUUUGUACCCUUGCAGUGAAUACUGCUAUCGGUACAUUGAUAUUCGCUGUUCUUUACGGUUUCUUCUCUGGAGCAUAUGUCAGCAUGCUUCCGCCGAUGGUGAGUUCCCUCGCUAAAAACGAUGGCGAAAUGGGCGCGAGAUUGGGGGUCUGUUUUACAUUCACUGGUGAGUCAAUGCAAAGUUCGCCGACAUUGAUUUAA